AUGAUUAUGUCACCAUCGCGCUGCAUUCCCCUCGGCAUCUGGGCGGAAUGUCGCAAUCUGGUCCCCUACGUUCCCCAUGUCCACCCAGCUAGUACGUCUGGUGCUCUCCACCUCGUUACGAUUGCGACCACGUCGUUUCUACUCACCCAUGUGCUUCAAUCCGCGGCCCUUGCGUAUCACCAACCUUCCCCACAGCGCACCACCAACUAUUCGCCGUCCGCUUCGCCGAAAUCACCCUUGGCAGGGCACGACGUAGGCUGGCACCGCCAAGCUUCAGGCUAUUAUCUCUACAGAGCACUAUCGAUCGCUCUCGUUUCUGCUAGAGAGCUAUGCGUGCCUAUGGCGCUCAGUCGGGACGAGAUAGUUGAGGUUAUGCCUGAGCAGCGUGACGUCAAAGCUGUCGAUGAGCGCAUCAUCGAUAAGGAAAUUCAUGCUGAGGACAGAGAAGAUGAUCGGACUCUCGCUGAGAAUGGGGAGGAUCGUGGUAACAAUAGCAAGCGGGCUAUUGACGGAUACGCUACGUUUCCGGACUACAUCGCAAUCCGCCCCAACGCAUACGCUGGACGCCAACCACCCUACACUCUGCCAACGAAACCCACCCUAGGCGUCAUUGGCAUUUGUCUUAGAUCUGGAAUUCACCUGCGACUUUCGUCUAGACCACAUAGAACCCGCUCGAGUCGAUCGACGAUUAUCGAGCGCAUUGAGCCCAUAAGACAGCACCAUCACCAGCUCCGACACGCUCACAACUUCCCACCGCACCUUACGGAGCAUCGUACCUCUUCUAAAUACGCUUCAAGUCUGUCACGGCCCGGCGUAAACCCUCCGCCAGCUCGUCGGCGCUUUCUCUAUCGCCGCUCUACCUCGCGGCACCGUCUCUUCGUCUCUACACCCAUUCCCAAAUCCCGGAUCGAGGACUCUCCCCCGCCUCCCACGGCGCCAGUCUCGCGUAAUGGACGUUCUUGCGUCCACUUGUCGGCUCCCCACGGCACCGGCGUAUCUUACCAUAGAUAUGCCCUGUCGUGGACGUUGAACGUCGCUCUCCAUCACCUUCAGCGCUCGCCUACUCCCGAAUGCCGCUUCAACGGCCACCUCAGCCGAGAGCGCGACAUUCUAUCGCGACGUCGCCUACUCCACGAUCCUACAACGCUAAAACCGGCAGAACAGCAGCACUCGGCACUCACACCUCCAUCUCACCAACCCCUCAACGAUCCUCUGUGGGACAACCGAAGGGCAUGCCAACUCCAGAAAGCACGAUUCUCUCCGGCGGUCCUCGGAAUCCGGUUGCAGGCCGCCACGAGGGCAGUAACCGAUCAUCCUCCUGUAUGGACAGAGAAGAGGAGAUCAGGAAUCCGCGCCCCAAUGGCCGCGCAGUUCGGCUCGCAUCACGGACGUCAAGUAGCGACCAGAGGAACCCGAUCCAAGAACCCCACGAGAAGCCAACAUGGAGACCAGAAUAGCAGAUCCGGCCGAGCCACUACGAUCUCGAGACACAAAAGGCCGACCCAAGAACUUCUUGCGGGGCAGAAGAACAUCACGGGUCGCUAGGAACAGGAAUGAACUGAAGAUAACCGUGGUCAUCAACACAUAUUGUAUUCACACCGUCAUUCGAUCUGAA